GAAUGGUCUAGCUCCCAUUCCCAGCUGAACUCGGAUUGAAUUUGCUAACGUUGUUCAAACUCGAGAUUUUCAACCUUCUCGAUACGAGUAUACGAUCGAUCGAUCGAUCAUAUAUAUACGGAGGAGUAUAUAAUAUUGAUAGCUGAACCGAGCGAGUGAAUCGGGGAGAUCGCGUUGAGAGGAAGAAAGGAAGAAGGAGAUGGGGAUCAGAUUCAUACUAAUGGUGAACAAGCAAGGCCAGACUCGGCUAGCUCAGUACUACGAGUACCUCACCAUAGAAGAAAGGCGUGCGCUUGAGGGCGAAAUCGUUCGCAAGUGUCUCGCUCGGAAUGAGCAACAGUGUUCAUUUGUGGAACAUCGUAACUACAAAAUAGUCUACAGGCGAUAUGCGUCACUGUUUUUCAUGGUUGGUGUUGACAAUGAAGAAAAUGAGCUUGCAAUUUUGGAAUUCAUUCACCUGCUAGUUGAAACAAUGGAUCGUCAUUUUGGCAACGUGUGUGAGUUGGAUAUCAUGUUUCAUCUGGAGAAAGCGCACUUCAUGCUGGAGGAGAUGGUGAUGAACGGGUGUAUUGUUGAGACGAGCAAGUCCAACAUUUUGUCUCCCAUACAGCUAGUGGACAAAGCAUCAUAAGCUUGAUCAUUGUUUCUGUGUGUGUCGUCUACUUUGCAUUGGAUUAGUAACUCUCAGCUUGUAUUGAGUUUGUUAUAUUACAUUCAUUACCUUUUGAAGGCAAAAUAGGUGUUGAUAUAGCAGGACAUAAAUUGGUCAUUCCCAGUUAAUUUCACUUUUGGAGUUUUGUAUUUAAUCCAUCACUCAUUAUGUGUCA